AUGUCGGAUGAUAAUAUAACAUCAAAAGCAACAGAUGGACCAUCAAGAGCAGCUGAGAUUGCUGCGUACUAUUCAUUAACUCUAGUCAUUGUUGGCACUUUAUUAAAUGCUAUAACAUUUAUUGUUCUUUGUCGAUCAACAUUCAGAAACACAAGAACAAGACCAACACUUCAUUAUAUGAGAGCGAUGGCUAUUUUUGAUAUUCUUAUGUUAUAUGGAUGGAAUCUCGGUCAUUAUCUUGCUACCAUGCAUGGAAUUGAUCUUCAGGGAUUAAAUAUACCUCUAUGCAGGUUUUAUUCCUUUCUUAAUUAUUUUGCUGCUCAAUCAUCAGCUUGGCUUCGUGUCUUUGUUUGUUUGGAUCGUCUUGUGACAGCUUAA